UAAAGGGUCAGUUGGUGUCCUCCUGGUCAGAAUAUAGGAGGAAGAUCCACUGUUACUACUUUGUUACGGUGUUACUACAUUCUGCGCAGUUUACAACUGUAACCAGCAUGAUUCUGAAAUCGGGUAAAGUUUUCUCGGGUUAGACGUAAUAAGCGUUGUCCCUUAGACAUUUGGCCCAAGUUGGUGUGACCCUGCAUGUUGGAGAUCUCAUUCCAAAUUUAUUCUCCCUUUGUUGUUUGAAAAAACUCCAAACUUCUGGGAAAGCUUUCCACUAGAUGUUGGAAUGCAGCUUUGGGGCUUUGUGAUCAUUCCUCUAUAUGAGUAUUAGUGACAUCAGCCGUUGAGGAGGUCUGAGGUGCGGUCAAUGUUCCAGUUCAGACCCAACCCAAAGGAGUUCAGCCAGGGUUCUGAGCAGUUCUUCCACUUCAGCUUUGGCAAACUGUGUCUUCAUUUAUCUCACUUUGAGCUCAGCUGCAUUGUCAUAUUGGAACAGGUUUUGAGCCUCUUGGUUCCAGUGAAGGUAAAAUGUAAAGUUCCAACAUACAGAGGCAUUCUAGAUAAAUCUAAGCUUUUAACUUUGUGGAAUCAGUUUUUUUGGGUAGAACCACAUAUGGGUGUAAAUUUUGGGUGUCCACAAACAUUUGGCCAAUAUUGUGUAUUCUGGGUCAGGAAAUUCCUUCCAAAUCGUGGAUCAAUUGUUCAUCUGUACAUCUUGUGUACAUCCUUUUUGUACACACAGCUUUGCGAUAUGGUUGACAUUAGGUUUAUCAAUUUGCUGUUUAACGAACGUGGUGAACCGCAGCACUUUGUUUGCAUGACAGUCCUGCAGUCUUGUGAAAGUCUGGUUUUAUUCAUCAGUAACGUUCGCCGUCUCCUCCGCUGACCUGAAAAACAAACUUCGGGAACUAAGAAAAACACGGGAACUGGUGUUACACCUGACGCAAGGUCCGAUUGAAACGAGCACCAGCACCGAGGGAUCGUUCUCUGGACUACUUCCAGGCUUGGAAAAAAAAACGUACCACAUUCCGGAACGAUCUAGAUGAAAGCGAGAGGGUGGGGAAAAAAACGUAAAAACGAAAUUUUGAUCCAAAUCCAGACCAAAAAAAAUCCCAGGUUUCACAAAGGUAAAAGAGGAAUAAAACACAACGAAACGUAUCUAUUGUCGGACAGCAAUUAACGUGGUUUAACUUUGUUUAUGCUAACUACAGCGUGGUAACAGAAAAUCCGACCACGCACCAAUAUAUUUCGAGAUAUUCUUCCUUUUCCUUUAAUAAAGAACAUUUCUUGGUUUUGGUUUGUCGAUAAAAACGAAACAGUCACGUGCGGUGCGAAAGGACAGGGGAGGGGGUGUUACUCGGGGUGACGUCACCAUCGAGAUCCGCGCGAGACCCGCCUUAGAAACAAGCCAAAAAAAAAAAAAAAGCCGAGGUCGUUUAUUAUUAUUAUUACUAUUACUACUAUUAUCGUCGUGGUUGUUUUGUUGCUGCUGCUAUUAUUAUUAUUUUCCGAGACCCAAAUGCCAGGUCCCACUCAAGCACUGUCCCCGAAUGGAGAGAAUAAUAACGACAUCAUUCAGGACAAUGGGACCAACAUCAUCCCUUACAGAAAGAACACAGUGCGAGGAGAGCGCGCGUACAGCUGGGGCAUGGCGGUCAACGUGUAUUCUACCUCAAUCACCCAGGAGACUAUGAGCAGGCAUGACAUCACGGCCUGGGUCAACGAUCUGCUCAGUCUAAACUACACGAAAGUGGAGCAGCUCUCUUCAGGAGCUGCUUACUGCCAGUUCAUGGAUAUGCUUUUCCCCGGCUGCAUCAGUCUUAAGAAGGUCAAGUUCCAGGCCAAGCUGGAGCACGAGUACAUUCACAACUUUAAACUUCUUCAAGCCUCCUUCAAGAGGAUGAACGUGGACAAGAUAAUUCCAGUAGAGAAGCUCGUCAAGGGUCGAUUUCAAGACAACCUGGAUUUCAUCCAGUGGUUUAAAAAGUUCUUUGACGCCAACUAUGACGGUAAAGAGUAUGACCCCUUGGAGGCGCGACAGGGCCAGGACGCCAUUCCCCCUCCUGACCCCGGGGAGCAGAUCUUCAACCUGCCUAAGAAGUCACCCCAUGCAGCCAGCUCUCCUACGGCAGGGGCUACUAGAUCAACGAGUUCGACCCCCAAAUCGUCCACGUCAACCUCGCGACCCUCUUCUGCCAAAAAGGGCCCUGUAACAACAGCAGCAAUCCCGGCCAAGGGCGAGAAGGAGCUGGAGGCUCAAGUAGCACAGCUUAACGAACAGAUGAACAUGUUAAAGCUGUCGCUGGAAGGGGCGGAGAAGGAGCGGGACUACUACUUCGGGAAGCUACGGGAGGUAGAGCUGCUGUGUCAGGAGCAGGGCCAGGAUAACGGACCGUUUGUGGAAAGAAUUAUGGAAGUGCUGUACUCGACAGAUGAACAGGAGGCUGGAGGUGAAGAACACGAGGCUCUGGCACAGGAAGUGGAAGUCCCUGACGACACACAGGAUGAAUAUUGAACACACACACACACACUCGUGCGCCCCUUUGCCGUUCGUCAGUUUUGACUUUUCUUUUCUGUUAAAACGGCACAAGAGAAAAAGUCCAGAAGCCACUUUUAAAUUUGUUUUGGUAUUUUGUGAAAUCUGGUUUCUAUACAUGCCUCCAUGUUACACACACACACACACACAUAAGAAACUACACACUUUCACUACAAAUGCUGAACAAAGACAUUUUCCUGUCCUCCACAGUGCAGUUGGUUUGAUUUUUAAAUUUUUGACAUUAUGAAGGAUACAACUUUAUUUUCACUUAAUCUGCUACAUUAGACUCGCCAGCAGGAUUCGCUACGUCACUCACGUGUAUUUCUGUCCAGAUUUUCAAGUUCAAAACAAAACAAAACAUAGAAUUCAAAAGAUGAACGAGCAAGCGGAUGAAUUCGAUUUGAUUCUGAAGAAGCUAAUCAUUCGCGCUAUGCUAGAAUUGCCUAAAUGCUGACGCUGAACUGAUUCUCGUCUCAUUAAAGCAUAAUUAUUAUUCCAUUAACAUGUCCUUCAGAAUUGCCAGAUUAAUUCAUUAAAAAAAAAAAGGUGUUGCUAUGGCGAAUAAUCAGCAGCCGGUUGCACCAGCAGAACCUAAGCCUUGCUUAGCGGAAAAUUACGCGUUUACUUUCGCUAACGAUGUUGAAGAUUGUUUGUUCUGAACAGAUGUAACCACGAUGGCGAGAUUUUCCGAGUUCUGUGCAAAUGAGCAGUGACGCAAAAAAAAAACAAAAAACGACCGAAAUAGGAUCAAUUUAGCAGAAAGAUUCGUUUUCCGUCCACAGCUCUAGAUAUUCCUAGCUGUAGGUAGAAAAAUGUCAAAGCGUCACCGUGGUUUUGUUAAAUGUGUUUAGAGACGUUAGGAAGAAAGAGUAAAGUUCUGUUUUGCCAGUUGCGCUAAUUGAAACCAAAGCCUAGCACGUAAUACGGAAAUCGAACAUUUUAGCUACGAUAAAUAAAGUUAAAUUAAAUAAAUUAAAUUCUAGCUUCAAGAAUAGGCCACACACACAAGCAUUAAACUAACAAUGAUACUAAGCCUUUAUGACCAUCUAGAUUUAUCUUGAUUAAUUCGAAUAGUGCAACCGGCAGCAGGAAUAAAAGCUAAAAAAAAAAACAAUUAAAAAUGUUUUGUCAUCCGCCCAUUUUUAUCAUCAUCAUCUCGUCCACACGUCUCUGAAUGGAUCCGAAUCUUUAUCCCCACCGCGAGCAGCUUUGUGUCUCACUGACGGAUAGAAGGUUUCAGCGGAUUUGUUUUUCGUAACACUUUAAUUUGUUUUCUUUAGAAGCCUUCCAGAGGAAAAAAAAUAAAUAAAAAUACAUCGGAAUAAAUAAAACAUGUAUAUUGAAGAUAUUUUAAUAUAAUUUUAAAGUCCAGGUUUUAGCAGGAGGAUUUAACGGUAACUCUCGGUCAGAAACACAGUGUUCCAGUGCAUCGUAUACUGUCUCAUGAUGAUGUUGCAUUCAGUUCCAGUACCAAACUCCACGGCUCAUUUAUUAUUGUGUACAAUGAAGAGGAAUGUAAUGUACUGUUAAUAAGUAUAAAUAGAAAAUGUUCUCUCUCUCUCUCUCUUUUUCUGUAUCCCUCAUUAUGCAUUCCCCAAAAAACUGUGUUGCAUGUUUUCAUUUUAUUUGUGAAUAACUUGACCUGCUUUUUACAUAUUUAAUAUAAAACGAAAAUGUUACGUGUUUUUUAGUUGUUUUUUUAUUUGUAUGUUUAACCUGCUAUUUUAAAAUUUGCCGUAAUAAAAAAAAAUGUCACUUUGAAAAGGAAA